UUCAAUCAAUUAAUUUAUAUUAAAAAACAAUGAAAUAUUCUUUGGUAUAUUCAUAUCUUUCAGUUUUGAUAUUUGAUAAAAAAAAAUGUAUAUAAUUGAGGGCUUACGCGCUUAAUCGAAUACAAAAAUAUCAGUGCGCAGGUACCGGCAAGACAUAAAUAGAAGAGAGAGAGAGAGAUAAAAUAAUUAAGAGUAAGAAGAAUCAAGAAGAAAGGAAAGAGUAAGUGAAUUAAAAGAAAUCAUAACUGGAUGAUUUAGAUACAAAAGAUUCAACAAAAAAUGCUGGAAAAGUUUAUAUUGGUCGUAGUGGUGAUUGGAAUGUGUUCUGCGAAAAACAACAAGACGGUACAAAGUCGUGAAAUUGACAUGAACCAAUUGGACUUUGUUGAAGUUCCUAAAAAAAUCUUGACAGGUUCUAAUGGUAUAACAUCAUUGUUGUUGUCCUUCAACAAGAUCAAGUACAUCAGCAAUGAUUCAUUUCCAAUUGAAGCAUGCAAGGAAAUGCGAUACAUAAAUUUACAUGCAAACUACAUUACUCAUAUCCAUGAAGAUGCAUUUGCUAAUAUGCCCAAUUUGUUGGAGAUUGAUUUAUCAAACAAUCAACUUACUAAAGUGCCGAAACUAAAUGCUCCUAGCGUCAGAAAAGUAAUUCUGCAAAACAACAAGAUAAGUGAGUUAACGGAAGAAGCAAUGAGUGGAUACACCAGCCUAGUGCAUUUUGAUUUGAAGCACAACCAGAUCAAAAAUCUUUACGGCGAUACCUUUUUGGAGAAUAAAGACCUGUUCUUCUUAUCGCUCAGCAACAAUCCAUUGAAAACAAUUCAUGACAACGCCUUCAGAGGACCAACCAAUUUGAGAUUUUUGUAUCUGGAUUCAACGCUGAUUAAAACUCUACCCCCAUACUAUGGCAUAUCCACCGUGGAAACGUUAAGCUUGAAGAACACACCAAAUCUAUUCACCAUACCUGAUCCUUCCAAGUUCAAGAACCUGAAAAAUGUUUCGGUCACGUAUAGAAUGCAUUGUUGUGCCUUUUACGCACAACGACUCAGAGCUGUCCUAAACAACGCCACACUUUGUACCACUUCGAAACCCAUCUUAACCACAGAAAAUCCACUGGGAAGUUUCAAGCAAAAGAAAGUACGUGGAUUGAAUACAACUGUCGAUGAGGACGACCCGUUUGGUGACAGUGAAUUCAACGAUCUAUUUGGAGAAGUUAUGAAUAGCUUUAACAAGGCUAGCAACGUCACGAAUUCAUCCUGUUAUGAUAACGGAGAAUUAGUUGGGGGAAAACCAAAAGGGAAGUAUAUGGAAGUGGAAUGUAAUCCGGAACCAGAUGCCUUCAAUCCAUGCCAAGAUGUGAUGGGUACAAAUGUCCUUCGCGUGUUCUCAUGGGUGAUAUCCAUGUUUGCCAUCAUUGGGAAUAUGUUUCAGCUCGUAAUCCUGUUCCACAGCCGACAAGAGUUAAGUGUCUACAAACUAUUAAUGUACAAUCUCGGCUUUUCCAACUUGUUGAUGGGUAUAUACCUAAUGGUUUUGUGUUGUGUUGAUUCUUAUACCUAUGGAGAGUAUUACAACUUUGUUCAAAGCUGGCAAUACAACGGUGGCUGCCAGGCGUUUGGUUUCAUCGCCUUGUUUGCAACACAACUUUCUGUGUGCAGCUUAAUGUUAAUCACUGCUGAACGUUUUCUGCUGAUAAUAUUUGCUCUACAAGUUGGAAACCAAAUGAAGUUGAGUCAUGCCAAGAUGGGAGUUGCAGCAGCAUGGAUCUACUCAUUUAUCGUUUCUGUUUUACCUGUAACAAACGAGGUCAGCUCUUACUCCAAAACAGCAAUAUGUUUGCCAAUGGAUGUUCACUCAGUUGUAUCGGAAGGUUAUGUCGUUUGGUUGCUCAUCACAUACGUGCUCGCUUUUUUCUUGAUCGUCUUUUGUUAUGUUCGCAUGUAUCGUAGCAUCAGCUCAGUACGACCUGGCUGCUCCAAUCAUCCAAUUGAUACUAAAGUGGCUAAAAGAAUGGCAUUGAUUAUCUUCUCCAACUUCCUUUGCUGGUUGCCCAUCAGUAUUGCUGGAUUGCUUGCCUUAUACAGUGGUACUGUAUUUAAUGUUGAUGUUGCAAAGUUCUUGCUGGUAUUCAUUUUCCCUCUUAAUGCUUGCACUAAUCCGUUCUUAUACGCCAUUUUUACGAAAGUAUUCAGAGGUGAUACAAUAUCCUUGUUGAGCACUAUUGGAUUAUGUAAACAAGCUGAUGAUGAACACCAACGGGGAAGAUCGUCUUCCUAUUUCAAAUCGAAAGGUAAAAAACGAGCAGACACAAAUGAUCGACAUUUCUUACAUAUACAAGCACCAAUGGAAGGCUGCACGUAUUCCAACGAACGCAACAUUGAAGCUCAAACUGAUUUUGAUAGUCCAGAAACACCCAUCAAAGUUAUGAUUGAUCCAAACGAGCGACAAUCAAAACAUGGUCGAUUGCAAAGAUUAAACGAUGAAGAUUCACCACCAUCAACGCAUCAACGAAGAAAUUACGAAGAACAUAACAAGCCCCGUUCAGAUUCUCAACGCGGAUUGUUGGAUGAAUAUAAAAGGAGAGCUGACUCUAGUGAUACCUGCUCGACAGGGAUGUCAUCAGUGCAAUCUGCUACCGAAAUUGAUGAUGAUUUUUCUAGACGAAUAGGAAGUGUCACAAAAGCGGAAAAUUCGAUUCUUUUCUCGUAACUGUUGUAUUUCCGCCAAAAGUGUAUUAUUGGAAAGAACAGAAAACAAGAGUUGUUGAUAAAUAUCCAGGAAAUUUUCAGUAGAGAAGGAUGAAAAUGGACCUGCAGAAAUUACUCCAGAAUAUAGACACUUAUAAACAACAAUUCUUCUGGAAUAUUUUCAGACUUGUUUUGCUAUAUUUUAUCGUUGUUAAGAAAAAAUUUUGUUUUUCCUUUAUAUCAAAAUAAACAAAUAUUGUUAUCCUACCGCCAGAAGGAAAACGCAGGGCGUUGCCUUUCUGCAGUGAGGAUCCACUGAGAGCAAAAAGAGUCACGCUAUAUUUGUUUAUUUUGAUUUUUAAUUUAAUAGAAUUUUAGAUUUUGAAAAUGUAAUUAAAAUGACAGUGGAUUUUAUAACCGCGCACUUUUCAAUACCUUGCUUGCUAACGAUGUUAAAAAUGUAGAAUGAGUUGAUUGACUCAGUAUGUAUAUAAUCUUAUUUUAUGUUCUCUUGUGUUCUUUUUAAUAUAUUUUCUGUGUGUGCGUGGUCUUUAGAAGACUUCUUUUCUAUCUGCUGUAGUAUGUCUCUGUUAAUAUGUAUAUAUUCAUGUAGCACAAUCCAGAUAUUAAUAUUUGUUAUUAAAUUUAUUAAAUUAAAAAAGCUGUUUUUAUAUUUUUAAAUUUAUUUCCACACAACCCGAACAAUUGGCAAUCCGACGACUACAAAUCUUGGCUUGUUUAUUGGCCAAUGUAUUUUUGUCAAGAAAAUCCUUGUAACAAGGGAGAUAUUGCUAUGACACAGAAUCUUCAGAAAGUUGCAUUUUCUAUAGGUAUGUUUUAACCAACCCGUUAUCAAACAAGCAUAAGCAGCCAGCUGUUUUUCUACUCUAUAUAACAUCUUUUAAAAUGCCAUAUUAAGCCUAAUAUAAGCAUUUCUAGUGGUGAAUCAAAACUCAAAAAAUUUUUGAAU